AUGGAAUAAAUUAAACAUCUAAAAUGGUAAGGAGUACAUGAAAUGAGCGAUAAAAAACAUGGUAGGUGGAUAGCAUUUUGGAAUGGAGAAAUACUGAGUGAAGUUGGUGGGUAUUUUGAGAAUGGAUUAAAGUAAGGGUUAUGGAAAGAACUUUUUAAAAACUAUAGUAGGUAAAUAAUAAUUAAGUAUUGUUCAAAAGUCACUCAAAGAGUUAUGAAAGUGGAGAAUACUAAAAUGAUAAAAGAAGUGGAAUGUGGAUCUAUAUAUAUGAUAACAACAUAAUGUAUAAUUAAAAAAUAUAUUAAUAAGCGGUGGUGGAAAAUAUAAUGAAUAAGGUUAGAAAAGUGGUAAAUGGAUUGAAUUGAGUGAUAGCUUCAAUUGCAAUUCUUAGCUAACUUAUUAUGGCGAAUAUAAAGGUGGUAAAAAGGUUGGUAGAUGGGAUAUUAAGUAUAAAAAUGAGCCCAUUGGAAAAAAGUAAUAAAUGUAAUCUUAUUAUAUUUGAUAUAUCAUUUAGUGGUGGUGGAUUAUAUAAUGAAGGAGGUUAAGGGAUAAAAAUUGGAAGCUGGGUUGAAGUCGAUGAUAAUUUUAAUGAUUCUUCUGAAAUUACACAUAAUGGAAAAUAUAAAAAUGGUUAAAAGAUUGGUAGAUGGGAUAUUCAUUUAAAUUGUUAAGGAUUAAUUAAAUAGAUGUUAAAUUAUAUUAUUAAUAAUUAUUUUUAGUGGAGGUGGGUUAUAUGAUGAAAGAGGUGAUGGGCAUAAGGUAGGGAAAUGGAUUGAAUUGAGUGAAGGGUUUUAUAAAACAUAUUAAAUUAUUUUCAAUGGCAACUAUUAAAAUGGUAAGAAAGUUGGAUAAUGGGAUAUUUAUUUGAACAAUGAAAAGAUGUAGAGAAUUUUAUUUAAAUAAAAUUUUAGUGGUGGAGGAUUGUAUGAUGAAAUGGGUGAAGGGAAAAAAAUUGGAAGAUGGAUUGAAGUAGGUGUUGAGUUCAUUGAUUCUUUUUAAAUAACUUAAAAUGGAGAAUAUAAAAAUGGUAAAAAAAUUGGGUAAUGGGAUAUUUUUUAAAAAAAUACAUGUGGAAAUCAUCAGAUGUAAAACUAUAUUAUUUCAAAAAAUAUUUUAGUCGCGAAAGAUUAUAUAAUGAAGAAGGUCUUCGAUCAAGGUUUGGAAGAAACAACCGGAUUAGGAAUAGCUAUCUGCAAGCUCCUUUUGAAAGUGAAUACAAAAAUAUUAAAAAACCUUAAGGAUAGGAUACUCACUUUGAUACAAAAGGAGGAAUGGAAAUAAUGUAACAAAUAAUAGUUAAAUAUUAUAUAAAUAUGGAAUAGAAGUGGAUUCUAUGAUGAAGAGGGUGAAGAGUUUAAGAUAGGAAGAUGGGUAGAGUUGAGCGAUUCGAAUUUGUAUAUAACUUAGAUUGGUGAAUAUUUCAAAGGGUAAAAAGUUGGGAAGUGGGAUUUUUUUUUCAUAAAUAAAGAAGGAAGUAAAGAGAUGUAAAAUUAUUUAAAUAAAUUAAAUUAAAAAAUGAUUUAGGGGAGGAGGUUAUUAUGAAAAUUAUGUUAUUGAUUUAAAAAUUGGUAGAUGGAUUGAGUUUAAUGAUUUUAAUUCAUAAAUAACUUACGUUGGUGAAUAUAAAAAGGGGUAAAAAGUUGGCAGAUGGGAUACUUAUCUCAAUUAUUUUGGAAAUAAGCUGAUGUAUAUAUAUAUUCUGUAAAUUUUUUAGUGGUGGUGGAUCUUAUGAUGAAGGAGAUGAAGGAUUUAAGUGUGGAAGAUGGAUUGAAGUUAAUGAUGAGCUUGAUGAUUCAUCAUAAGUUACUAUUAAUGGUGAAUAUAAAAAUGGCAACAAAGUUGGGAAAUGGGAUAUUUAUCUCAAUUACGUAGGAAAUAUUAAGAUGUAAAAUUCUUUAUUAACGAAGUAUGAGCUGUUAGUGGUGGAGGCUCAUAUGAUAAUGAAAGCUUUGGAGUAAAAACUGGGAAAUGGGUUGAUAUAAAGGAUGGGUUUAAAUGGGCUUUAUAAACUACCUUUAAUGGAUAGUAUGGAAAUGGAAAUAAAAUAGGGAAAUGUGUCGAAAUGUAAGGGCAGAUAAAAAGUAGAGAAAUGAACUUUAAAAAUUGA